CAAACUUUUUUUCCUUUCAGUUACACAAAACCUUAGACUUAGUCAAAGUUAUUGAAAACACUGGUGUUGCUGCGAUCGCAGUACAUGGAAGAGUAAAGGAAGAAAGACCACAACAUAAAAAUAGAAAUUAUGUCAUAAAAGCUAUAGCAGAAACAUUAUCAAUUCCUGUUAUUGCUAACGGAGGAUCUGGUGAGAUUGGAAGCUAUCAAGAUAUUGAAACUUUCCGAUUAGAAACCAGUGCUUCUUCCGUAAUGAUUGCCCGACAAGCAGAAUGGAACUGUUCUAUUUUUCGAAAAGAAGGAAAAUUGCCUCUUGAUGCUGUGAUUGAAAAAUAUAUUAAAUACGCUGUUGAUUAUGAUAAUAAUGUUUGGAACACAAAGUAUUGUAUUCAGCAAAUGUUAGGUUCCCUUCAAGAAACAGAGAAAGGAAAAAUAUUACUUAGUGCUCAACAAAUGGAAGUUAUAUGCGAGCUGUGGAAUUUAAGUGAUUAUUUAAAAAGAAAAGUAGCAGAGCAUCGUUCGAAAGCUGAAAAACUAAGACAUUUGCAUGAAAGAGAUAUUGAACUACAAGCAUCCUUAAAAAGGAGACGUGUGGCUGAUAAUGACAUUCAUGAAAUGGAUGUGAAAUUCCAAAGAUCUAAAUUUAAUAUGGAUGAUUUGCCAAAGAGCAUAUUGUGGAAUUGGUCUCUAAGUCAAAAAAUUGGACAACCUAUCUACAAAACAGAGCAGUAUGAAAAAAGUUUCCAGUCUGUCGUAACUAUUAAUGGGAAAAAAUACACUAACCGAUGUUUAGAAAAAAACAAGAAAAAUGCAGAACAGGCUGCUGCUUUAGUGGCUACCAUAGCUCUAGGAUUGAUUAUUUAUGAAGGUUCUGAAUAUACACAUGGAAUUUCUCUUAAUUCAAAACAUAAUUUAAUUUCUCUUGAAAAUGCUAUAUCAACUAAUCAGAAUUGUGAAAAUACUGAUAGCUGUCUUAAUUCAACAAAUGUUUUAUUUGGUAGUUGACAUUUAGCAUAUUCUAAGAAAUUUUGUGGAAUGUUGUGUACAUAAAAUAAAGUUUAUUAAAAUAUUUUCUUUAUAGCUUGU